AUAGCUUUCACAUGGUCAGUCUGUCAUGGUAAGAGCAGGUGUUCCUAAUGUUUUGUACACUCAGUGUACCAUGAGUUGUUAAACAGUGAGUGAGUGUAGUAGAGGAAUAAAGUGGGAGGAGAGCGCUGAGAUGGAGAGGGAGAGAGAGAGAGAUCCAUAGUGUGUUUCUACUAAGAGGCAUCUGUGCUGUAGCUGAGUGAACAACCCCAGUACCUCCGUCCCGCUGUCUGGACCUUGUCAACGAAAGACAAAACCUUUACUAUUAUUGGGAUAUCAAUAAUCGUUUAUAACGUGAACAGCCUUUGCAGCAACUAUGUGGAUUUACAACAUUAUUUUUACUCUCUUAAUCAUCCGUUAUUCAGAGUGCAGGAGGAAUGCAUUACAGGACUACCAGAGGAGUGAUGGCGUGAGAUUGGUCCAACUGCCAGACUCUGCCCUCCAUACCAAAAGCAGGAAGUUGAGCAUUGUGAAGUGUGCCCGUGGUUGCAGCCGCAACAAGAUACUGCUCUUCACCUGCAGAGCGUUCUUGUAUGAUCAGAAAAACAGGAAAUGCCAGUGGCUGUCGUUUGACAGGAACUCACCAGGAGUCCAAAGCCAACAUGACUUCAACUACCAACUCUACCAGAAGAAAGCCUAUGUGCAGGAGUGCAUAGUGGGGACAGGAGUGAACUACAGAGGGAGAAGGUCUGUAACGGCCAGUGGAAUCAGGUGCCAAGCCUGGGCCUCUCCUUUCCCUCAUGAACACAAUUUCCUACCAAGGAGGAACAGGAAGAAGGAGCUGACAAACAACUACUGUCGUAACCCUGACAACGCUAUUUCAGGACCAUGGUGCUUCACUACAGACCCCAACGUCAGACACCAGGACUGUGGAGUACCUGAGUGCUUACAAGUGGAGUGUGUGAGCUGUAAUGGGGAAAGGUAUAGAGGUCCCAUGGAUCACACAGAGACGGGACGGGAGUGUCAACGCUGGGACCUAGAGGAACCACACAAACACCUCUUCCACCCCAAGAGGUAUCCUGAUAAAGGCUUAGAUGACAACUAUUGUAGGAACCCAGAUGGACGUCAACGACCGUGGUGUUUCACCCUGGAUGCACACACAUCCUGGGAGUACUGCAACAUCACAGCCUGCCCCUCAGACAGUGUGGGAGAGGUAGAUGUGACUACCAGGUGUUUCCUGGGUCGAGGUGAGGGCUACAGAGGGACAGUAGCAGUAACACCCAGUGGGGUGACCUGUCAACGCUGGGACUCACAGUACCCCCACAACCACACAUACAUACCCCAGGACUAUCGCUGCAAAGACCUGAGGGAGAACUACUGCAGGAACCCUGACGGCCUUGACCUCCCAUGGUGCUUCACUUCAGACCCUAACGUUCGCAAGGCAUUCUGCACCAACAUCCUCCGCUGUGGCACACAGAAUACUGAACCCCAUGACUGCUACGAGGGCAACGGAGAGAGCUACAGAGGAGAGGUGUCUAGGACCAGGUCAGGUCUUCCCUGUUCCCUCUGGAGAGACCACAGUUGGGACAGAGAUGCAGCGGUGCUGACUGUGGGACAGGAGGCGAGUUUCUGUAGGAACCCAGACAGAGACACACAUGGCCCCUGGUGUUAUACUAACAGCACUGCUAUACCCUGGGACUACUGCAGCAUCAAACCAUGUGUACCAUCAAAGAACACCAUUCCACAGAGAGUGGAGGUGUCCAAUGUGUCAUGUUUCAUCCAUAAGACGACCAGGAUAGUAGGAGGAGCUCCAGUCGCCAUCACAGACGGAAGCUGGAUGGUCAGCAUACAGAAACGGUCCAGUCACUGGUGUGGAGGUUCUCUCAUACGAGAGGAGUGGGUCCUCACUGACAGACAAUGCUUCUCCUCAUGUGUUCCAGACCUGAGUGAGUAUCGUGUGUGGUUAGGUGUAUCAGACCUUCGUGGCUUGGCUCCUAACAGCUCCUUCAGACAGGAAGUCUCCAUCUCCCAUGUGAUCUGUGGUCCUGAGGGCUCCAACCUGGCCCUCAUACGGCUGGCCCAGCCUGCCCUCCCUGCAGACAGUGUCCACACCAUUCAGCUGCCGGUGGCUGGGUGUUCCAUUGCUGAUGGCUCGAUGUGUAGCAUGCAUGGAUGGGGCGAGACCAAAGGUACGGGUCAUGAAGGUGUACUGAAGGUGGUCCAUCUGCCCAUGAUCAGUAAUGAGAGGUGUAGUGAACAACACAGAGGGAACCUCCACAUCACAGACAGCAAGAUUUGCGCUGGGGGGAGGAAGGACGAGGGCGUCUGUGAGAGGGACUAUGGCGGCCCCUUGGUGUGCCAGGAAGGAGAGAGCAGGGUCAUAGUGGGGGUCAGUGUCCAUGGCAGAGGCUGUGCCCGUGCCAAUCGGCCUGGCAUCUUCAUCAACGUCCCCUUCUACACCCAGUGGAUCCACAAGGUGUUCCGACACUACCCCGAACCUCAGAUCAACUAGGCACGACCCUCAGAUCAACUAGGCACGACCCUCAGAUCAACUAGGCACGACCCUCAGAUCAACUAGGCACGACCCUCAGAUCAACUAGGCACGACCCUCAGAUCAACUAGGCACAACCCUCAGAUCAAUUUGGCACAACCCUCAGAUCAACUAGGCACGACCCUCAGAUCAACUUGGCACUACCCUCAGAUCAACUUUGCACUACCCUCAGAUAAUUUAAAUAUCAAAUACAGAUAAACCUUUAUCCCAUCGUCAAUUAGAGACUCACUCGACCCCCCUUGAUAUAGAUACACCUGUGGCUCGGUCACAUAAGGACCAACUGAGUCCCUGUGUAUUUGAAAGAGGGAAAACUCCAACCAUACAGAAAGAUAUCAAACGCAACUCCAAACUUGAUUCUGGAAUUCAGACACAUGGGCUUCUAUAUGUCUUUGGAGUGGACCUGUGAAGUGGAAUGUAAUUGUGUUGAUCAAACUGCUGGAUCGAUCCUUUAGAUAAUAUAAAUAUGUAGUGUUACAGACAUGCUACUAAGGACAACCGAGGUGUGGAUAUGUGGUUGGCUAAACACCAUGUGCUGAAGCUGGUAAGGUUUGGAUGUUCAGGACUCAUAUUGUACACAAUCAGUAAGAAUCUGUAGACAAUGUGGUAAUAGGGGAGAGUGGGGUAAAUUGAGACACCCCUGUUUCUAGGAAACCUUAUACAAAAUUAAUAAUGUGACCACAUUUUUAGGAAGAGGUCAUCAUUUCAUGGAGUCAGAAGGAAGAAACCACCACCACAAAGUAAAUUGAAUGUAUUGUGUUCCAGGUUCCAUGAUGCUGGUAUCUAAACCAAAGUUAGAUGUACAUCAGUUGGGGUCUUUUGCUGAUCAUAUCAAGAAUCUGGCAGACCAGUUUCAUGGGCUUCGCCGUAAAUGCAGAGAACUGGCACAACUGGCACAUUGAAGUAACAUCUCUAUCCCAGGCAACUGGUCAAGAAAUGAAAGGGUCAGUGAUAUUGAACAGAGAGAUCUAUCUGAAUGUAGGCAUACAUUUAAGAUAUACACUAUACCACACCCCCAUUCCAUUAAUUCAACUUUGACCUACCAGCACCAUCACCCACUAUCACAGGUCACCAUCACCCACUUACCUCAAGGCGGCUCAACUGACCUUGUUCCUUUGCUCAACUUACCCCAUACCCCAUCUUACCCCGUAAGAUGUGCCAAAAUACCACAUUUUUUGAACAAGCUAUGUUUUCAAAACUGUUAUGUUUCCAUGAAUUCUGAUUUUUUUUCCAGGGAUACACAACAUCCUGAAAUACAUUACGAAAUUGUGCUCAUCAAACAUCUCAUUCGAAAAUCAUGGGCAUUAAUAUGGAGUUGUUCCCCCCUUUGCUGCUAUAAAUGCCUCCACUCUUCUGCAAAGGCUUUCCACUAGAUGUUGGAACGUUGCUGCUGGGACUUGCUUUCAUUCAGCCAAUAGAGCAUUAGUGAGGUCGUGUACUGAUGUUGGGCGAUUAGGCUUGGUUCGCAUCGGCUUUCCAAUUCAGCCUGAAGGUGUUCGAUGGGGUUGAGGUCAGGGCACUGUGCAGGCGAGUCAAGUUCUUCCAUACCGAUCUCGACAAACCAUUUCUGUAUGGACCUCGCUUUGUGCAUGGGGGCAUUGUCAUGCUGAAACAGGAAAGGGCCUUCCCCAAACUGUUGCCACAAAGUUGGAAGCACAGAAGCUGUAGCGUUAAGAUUUCCCUUCACUGUAACUAAGGGGCCUAGCGCUAAUCAUAAAAAACAGCCCAAGACCAUUAUUUCUCCUCCACCAAUCUUUACAGUUGGCACUAUGGAUUCAAGCUGGUAUUGUUCUCCUGGCAUCUGCAAACACACAUUUGUCCGUCGGACUGCCAGAUGGUGAAGCGUGAUUCAUCACUGCAGAGAACACAUUUCCACUGCUCCAGAGUCCAAUGGCGGCGAGUUUUACACUACUCCAGCUGAUUCUUGGCAUGGUGAUCUUAGGUUUGUGUGUGCCCGCUUGGCCAUGGAAACCCAUUUCAUGAAGCUUCUGACGAACGGUUAUUGUGCUGACGUAGCUUCCAGAGGCAGUUUGGAACUCUGUAGUGAGUGUUGCAACCAAGGACAGAUGAUUUUUAAGUGUUAUGCGCUUCAUCACUUGGCGGUCCCGUUCUUUGAGCUUGUGUGACUUACCACUUUGCGGCUGAGCCAUUAUUGCCCCUAUAAUUGUGUACUUCACAAUAACAGCACAUACAGUUGACUGGGGCAGCUCUAGCAGAGCAGACAUUGGAUAAACGGACUUGUUGGAAAGGUGGCAUCCUACUGUAUGACGGUGCCACAUUGAAAGUUACUGAGCUCUUCAGUAAGGCCAAUGUUUGUUUAUGGAGAUUGCAUGGCCAUGUGAUUGAUUUUAUACACCUGUCAGCAACGGGUAUGGCUGAAAUAGCCAAAUCCACUCAUUUUAAGGGGUGUCCACAUACUUUUGUGUAUAUGUAGAUAUCUUUGGUAGAAACAAUACUAUUUUUCACUUGACAUAGUGAUGCUGAAUGUAAAAAACAGAAAUGGCUCAACCUACCCCAAUCUCCCCUACACUUGAUUCCUGAAGUUACUUGAAUGUACUGAAAAUCAAAAGGCAGUAGCUCUCCACUUCUGUAGUGUUCUUCUGUACUAUGCCAAUAAGUGUCACAGUGUAAAUAGUUUGCUGAGUGUGACUCUAACACUCUGAAUUUGAUAUUGGUCUUAUAGACCUGUGAGAGGAUGAUGAAGUUGGCCUUUUAGGAAGAUGGAAAGAUCAAUAUGAAGCCAUUGAAUGUAAAUAUGUUUUAUUUCUGUAUAUGUACAGUAUUUUAAAGGUAAAAGGGAAUGGAUUGCAACUCCAAGCCUUACCAGUGUCCUCUUACCCUUUCCCCUCCUUUCUUUCUAUUUCCACUUCUCUCCUCAUCUCUCCUCCCCGCCUCUCUUACUGCAGUAAUGUAUUCUGUUUGAUAAACACACAGAACUCAUUACCACAGGCCAGUAUGACUGAUUCCGUGUGUGUGUGUGUGUGUGUGUGUGUGUGUGUGUGUGUGUGUGUGUGUGUGUGUGUGUGUGUGUGUGUGUGUGUGUGUGAAUUCUAUUGGAGUGAGUUAUAUUCCCUCCCCUCCCACAGCCCCUGGCAGACAUCCAGUAACUAUCUACUCUGGAAAUUAACUUUCACAGAAUCUGUUAUUGCAAACUGUUACUGAAAUGGAGGUGUACUGUAUUUUUUAUGUUAUCAUUGUGGAAGUAUUAGCCUCUAUAUCUAUCACACGUUGGUCUGACUAUUUCACCUGGGAAUGUGAGGGGUCAAACAAGUAGGCCCACUUUAGAGCUCUUCUUAUAUUUCAUUCAUUUGUAUUUGAACAUUUAGUGAAGUUGUAUUCUGUGUGUGUGUGUGAUGCUGCUAUACAAUGUUAGAUUAUCUGUACCUGUAUACUCUAGGCUACUGUACAUGUAUUGUUUUUAAUUUGAAUACUCAAUUUCAAUACAGUACUAUCAUAUACAUGUAAUAGCCUACACCGUGUUCCUUUCUCAAUGUUAUUGUGCAUGGCACAAUGGCCACAUACAAUGAGUUUGUCUAUUUAAAAGGCAUUAGGUGGUUGGGAGUGUAAUCAUUAGACCUAAUUUCCAUUUCAACCUUUCUGGGAGAAUUUGUAACAAGGUGUUAUAACAGUAGGGCCUAGGCUUCUACAGGUGUCAUUUAUUACAUUUGCUUCAGAAAGCGUCCAUAAAAUUAACAGAAGGAAAUUGUCU